AUGGAAAAGCCUUACGUGUACAAUUUCUCAUCAUAUCUUCACAACUCUGAUAUUUUCUGCUUCAAACCAAAACUGAAAAAAAAAAAAAAUCAAACUUUUUCUUCUCCCUUAACCUCCAUUGUUGGUUCCUUAAAGCUUCAACUUUUUCCUCCAAUCUUUUCGACCCUUUUUUCAUUCCUCAACAAAGUUUGGAUCUUUCGAUUCAAACCAUGUUUUCCCUUUGUGAUUUUUGUUCUUCGAAGCCUGCGCUUCUCUUUUGUGAAGCUGAUUCUGCUAAUCUAUGUUUGUUCUGUGAUCGUCGUGUUCACUCCGCUAAUACUCUCUCUGAUAAGCACUCUCGUUCUUGGAUCUGUCAUAACUGUGGAUUGAAUCCCGUCUCUGUUGUUUGCUCGAAGAACAAGGUUUUGCUUUGCCAUGAUUGUAAUUGGGACUCGCACACCAACUGUUCGAUUUCUUGUCUUAACGAGUUAACUUCUGUUGAAGUAUUUUCUGGUUGUCCAUCGGCUUCUGGGCUCGCUUCUUUUCUUGGAUUGAAUUUAGAAUCUGAAAAUUCAGUUGAUUUGAGUUCUGGGUCUGAUCAAAUCCAGCAAAAGUUUUUCGUUUCGAGUGAUGAUGGGUCCUCUGCUACUUUAAAGAGAAGGAACGAGCUUUGUGAGCAGUUGAUUGAGAUGGGGAAAAAAGAUCUGCUGCGAGUGGAUGUAGAUGUUGCUCAAAUGCGUCCUAGGACUCCUCCUAGUAGAUGUUCUCAACAGGAGAACAUAGAUGGUCUUGUUGGACAGAAGACUGAUGGUGAUGAAUUGAGGCAUGAAACUUCUUUUGCAUCUUCAGUUGUGUUACCAACGAGUUUGGACCUCAAACAGGGUGAUUCAGUUGCUGAAGAAGAUCAUCUUUGGGAUUAUAAUCACACCUAUGAUUCUUCUCUGAUAUGGCACUUUCAACUGGAAGACUCAAAAGAUUGUGAAGAAUCUUGUUCAGAAAUCACAGAAAUAAAUAAUCCUUGUUCGUUAGUAACACCCAAGUAUGAGGUCUCUACUAUAUACGAAGAUACUCUAUCGGAAAACGACCAACUAUUAUCAAAUUAUGCAUCCCAACUUGGAGAGAACACAAAUGAUCAGUCUUUAGGAUUUGAAACAGAAAUGGAUUUGGAUAUACCUGAAGGUUGCAAUAGCCCCAGUUAUGUCCAGGACUCAGGCCAUGAAAUUUUGCCAAUGAGUGAUCCCACUAAAGGGUCUAAAUCUAUGAUGGAAAUGGAGAUGCAGGCACAGAACAGAGGCAAUGCCAUGUUACGAUACAAGGAGAAGAAGAAAACAAGAAGAUACGACAAACACAUUCGUUAUGAAACAAGAAAGGCGAGGGCUGAUACUAGAGAACGAGUGAAAGGCCGGUUCAUCAAGUCAACUGAAGCUUCCAACGACGCAUAGUAAGAUAAUAGUGUUUCAAGCAGUGCUCAUCGCCCCAUCCCCUAUGAUAAGUUGUACCAACCAUACCAUAUUGAUUAUAAUAUUGCAGCCUUCUUGGCUCUCCAUCCUUUACACCUGUACAUUCAUCUUCGAUUGUAGAAAAAGGAAAGAAAAGAAAGUAAUAUAUAGCUAGAACAAGAAUUUGUAUGUGUAUCGAAUUCAACCGGAUCAGAUCUCGUAUAGUUUUCCAAAUGAGAGUAUUAGGGGAAAAGGAAAGGUCAUUAUUCCUUACCUACAAUUAUGUUGUAUAAUUUUGUUUUAAUUUAAAUGAAUGGUGUCAUUAUAUAUAUGACAACAAGUGCUUUUAUAGCA